GGAGUGGGGGCCCGGCAAUUCUCGUCAGCCCUCAACUUGCACCCCUACCUUUAAUUCCCCCCAGCCCUUUAAAUCUGCCCCCACCUCCUCUUUCCUCACACCACAAGGCUUAUGCCCCUGCGCACCUUCGGCAUCCCUACGCCGCCGCGCACUCCAUUAACGCCACCCAAUUAAGCUGCUCCGUUGCGCGCACAAACUUAAUUAAGUUCAAUGGAAGAGCAAAAUCCAGAGGAGAGUUGCAAGGAGUGGAAGGGGUAUGUGGAUUGGCGGAACCGACCUGGGCUUAAAGGCCGCCAUGGUGGCAUGCUCGCCGCCUCCUUCGUCUUGGUGGUGGAGGUGCUGGAGAACUUGGCGUUUCUGGCGAAUGCGAGCAACCUGGUGCUGUACUUGACCCAGUACAUGCACUUUUCUCCGACGAGAUCGGCCAACAACGUCACUAAUUUCAUGGGGACUGCCUUCCUCCUCGCCCUCCUCGGCGGCUUCCUCUCCGACGCGUUCUUCUCCACUUAUCGCAUUUACCUUUUCAGCGCAGCUGUUGAAUUCCUGGGAUUGGUGAUACUCACAGCGCAAGCACGAUCGGCGUCUCUGAAGCCACCGGCUUGUGUCCCGGUCACCUCCAAGAUUCCAUGCCAGGAAGCUGAUGGUGGAAAAGCUGCAAUGCUGUUCAUAGGCCUCUAUCUGGCAGCACUGGGCAUUGGGGGCAUUAAGGGGUCACUGCCUGCACAUGGGGCGGAGCAGCUGGACGAUUCCACUCCUCAGGGAAGGAAGCAGAGGUCGACGUUCUUCAACUACUUCGUCUUCUGUCUCUCCUGCGGAGGCCUUAUUGCAGUCACACUGGUGGUGUGGAUUGAGGACAACGAGGGAUGGCAAUGGGGUUUUGGAAUCUCCACCAUUGCUAUACUAUUGUCUAUACCCAUUUUCCUCGCUGGCUCCCCAACUUACAGGAACAAGAUACCUUCUGGAAGCCCAUUUACGACCAUCUUCAAGGUUUUAAUUGGUGCUAUACUGAACAGUAGCACAAGCAGAAGUCCAAGCAAUGCUGUUGUGAGCAUGUCCACAAGCCCAAUUUUCCCAGCCCAAAUCAGGAAGGAAGAAGGAGAAAAUUCCAAAGUGUUGCCCAAUGAAACCCCAGUGUUGCCCUCUGAAACCCCAACAAACAGCCUCAAAUUCCUUAACAGAGCAGUCACAAACAAGCCAGUGCACACAGCACUAGAAUGCACAGUGCAGCAAGUAGAAGAAGUUAAGAUCAUCUUAAAAAUUCUUCCUAUAUUUGCUUGCACCAUCAUGCUCAACUGCUGCCUAGCUCAGCUCAACACAUUUUCUGUCCAACAAGCUGCUACUAUGAACACCAAGCUUGGUUCCAUGAAAGUCCCACCAGCUUCCCUUCCAGUUUUUCCUAUUCUCUUUAUCAUGAUCCUUGCACCAGUCUAUGACCAUUUGAUCAUCCCAUUUGCUCGGAAAGUAACCAACACUGAAAUGGGCGUUUCUCACCUGCAACGAAUUGGAAUUGGUUUAAUGCUCUCCAUUGUGGCCAUGGCAACUGCAGCUCUUGUCGAGGUUAAGCGAAAGAGAGUGGCUUCCAACUCAGGGCCACUAGAUUCAGCUAAUCCACUGCCCAUCACAUUCUUUUGGAUUGCAUUCCAGUACUUGUUUCUUGGAUCAGCAGAUCUUUUCACUCUGGCCGGGUUGUUGGAAUUCUUUUUCACAGAAGCUCCUAGCAGCAUGAGAUCUUUGGCUACAGCACUCUCCUGGGCGUCUUUGGCCAUGGGGUACUACCUCAGCUCAGUGAUUGUAUCAAUAGUAAACAGUGUAACAGAUCACUCUGCACACGAACCAUGGCUCUCUGGUAGCAACCUGAAUCACUAUCACCUGGAACGAUUCUACUGGCUCAUGUGCACGCUGAGUGGACUGAAUUUCUUACACUACCUCUUCUGGGCCUACAGGUAUAAGUACAGAGUGGCAAGAGUUGAUGAAUAAAAAGAGUUACGAUGAUAAAUGCCUGUUCAAAACAUAUCACAAUGCUAUCCAAGCCUACAGGCAACCCUUAGGACUUGAGCUGUAUGUAUGUGCCAAAAAGCAGCACUAGCCAACAGUACGAGGGACAUAGCAGAGACUGAUUAAAUGAAUCAGAUGCUAGUACACAAUUUGGGCCUUUGGUCCUGAUUUUGUAGUAAUAUCAUGCAACGGUGUUAGAUUCAAGUGUACUUGGAAGGCUAGUUGGCCAUGCAACACCCUCAAGCCAUUUUUGUUAAGAGCAUGUUUCGUACUUGGCUUGCCACAGGAGAUAUUGUUCCUAUAUGAGAAAAUGACAAAUUAUAUAAAGAAUAAAAAUGAACAGGUGGUUUACUCGACA